AUGGUCAGUGCAGUGUAUCACGACUACUCGAGCUUCUCGAAUGUCACCACUUUUGCCGAUGCUUACCAUAACUUUGGUAAGAUCUCAGGCUUGAACCCCUUGGAGAAGCUUUGGGGUGCCUACUACUAUUACAUGAACAACGACGUGUUUGCUACCGGAUUGUUCUUCUUCUUGAUGCACGAGAUCAUGUACUUUGGCAGAUGUUUGCCUUGGGCCAUUAUCGAGAGAAUCCCUUACUUCAACAAGUACAAGAUCCAGGACACCAAGCUCCCGGACAACAAGGAACAGUGGGAGUGUCUUAAGUCGGUGUUGAUCUCCCACUUCAUGGUGGAAGCUUUCCCAAUUUGGUUCUUCCACCCUAUUGCCGUGAAAAUCGGUAUGACCUUCGAUAUUCCAUUCCCCUCGUGGACUAAAAUCGCAUUGCACUUGUCCAUUUUCUUCGUUUUGGAGGAUGCAUGGCACUACUGGUUCCACAGAGGCUUGCAUUACGGUGUGUUCUACAAGUACAUCCACAAGCAGCACCACCGUUACGCAGCACCUUUCGGAUUAGCCGCUGAAUAUGCUCACCCAAUCGAGGUUGCUCUUUUGGGUAUGGGAACCGUGGGUAUUCCUGUUGCGUGGUGCUACCUCACCAAAGACUUGCAUUUGUUCACUAUCUCGCUCUGGAUCUGCUUGAGAUUGUUCCAGGCCGUGGAUGCCCACUCUGGCUAUGAGUUCCCUUGGUCUUUACACCACUUUGUGCCAUUCUGGGCCGGUGCCGACCAUCAUGAUGAGCACCACCAUCACUUCAUUGGCUCGUACGCUUCCAGUUUCAGAUGGUGGGACUUUGUUUUGGACACCGAGGCUGGACCAAAGGGUAAGAAGCUGAGACAGGCCAGAAUGAAGGCCCAGGCUGAGAAGAAGGUGCAGUAA